CGGGCAGGCGGCCGCGUCGGCCGGGGCCGGGACGAUGGCUCUGGAGUCCAUGAUGGCGUGUUGCCUGAGCGAUGAGGUGAAGGAGUCCAAGCGGAUCAACGCCGAGAUCGAGAAGCAGCUGCGGCGGGACAAGCGCGACGCCCGGCGCGAGCUCAAGCUGCUGCUGCUCGGCACGGGCGAGAGCGGGAAGAGCACGUUCAUCAAGCAGAUGCGCAUCAUCCAUGGCGCCGGCUACUCGGAGGAGGACAAGCGCGGCUUCACCAAGCUCGUCUACCAGAACAUCUUCACCGCCAUGCAGGCCAUGAUCCGAGCCAUGGAGACGCUCAAGAUCCUCUACAAGUACGAGCAGAACAAGGCCAAUGCGCUCCUGAUCCGGGAGGUGGACGUGGAGAAGGUGACCACCUUCGAGCAUCAGUACGUCAGCGCCAUCAAGACCCUGUGGGAGGACCCGGGCAUCCAGGAAUGCUACGACCGCAGGCGCGAGUACCAGCUCUCCGACUCCGCCAAGUACUACCUGACCGACGUUGACCGCAUCGCCACCUUGGGCUACCUGCCCACCCAGCAGGACGUGCUGCGGGUCCGCGUGCCCACCACCGGCAUCAUCGAGUACCCUUUCGACCUGGAGAACAUCAUCUUCCGGAUGGUGGAUGUGGGGGGCCAGCGGUCAGAGCGGAGGAAGUGGAUCCACUGCUUUGAGAACGUGACAUCCAUCAUGUUUCUCGUUGCCCUCAGCGAAUACGACCAAGUCCUGGUGGAGUCGGACAACGAGAACCGGAUGGAGGAGAGCAAAGCCCUGUUCCGGACCAUCAUCACCUACCCCCGGUUCCAGAACUCCUCCGUCAUCCUCUUCCUCAACAAGAAGGACCUGCUGGAGGACAAGAUCCUGUACUCGCACCUGGUGGACUACUUCCCCGAGUUCGACGGUCCCCAGCGGGACGCCCAGGCGGCGCGGGAGUUCAUCCUGAAGAUGUUCGUGGACCUGAACCCCAACAGCGACAAGAUCAUCUACUCACACUUCACGUGUGCCACCGACACGGGGAACAUCCGCUUUGUGUUCGCGGCCGUGAAGGACACCAUCCUGCAGCUCAACCUCAAGGAGUACAACCUGGUCUGAGCGCCCAGGCCCAGGGAGACGGGAUGGAGACACGGGGCAGGACCUUCCUUCUACGGAGCCUGCGGCUGCCGGGCGGGUGGCACUGCCGAGUCCGGGCCGGGGCCUCUGCCCGCGGGAGGAGAUUUUUUUUUCUCAUAUUUUUAACAAAUGGUUUUUAUUUCACAGUUAUCAGGGGAUGUACAUCUCUCCCUCCGUACACUUCGCGCACCUUCUCACCUUUUGUCAACGGCAAAGGCAGCCUUUUUCUGGCCUUGACUUACGGCUCGCUUUUUUCUAAAAAAAAAAAAGAAAGAAAGAAAGAAAAAAAGCAACGAAACAUAAAACACACAAGCGCCCCGUGCCCCCAGUGACUCUGGGCCUCACAGAGCCCCCGCCAGCCAGCAUGGGGCCCCGCCCCGCAGCCAGUCACGCGCUCCCACGCCGCAGCCCCCCGUGGCCGUCCUUCCAACCCCACGUGCUUUUUCUUUCUCCUGCCCACUUCUUUUCUUCAUCACGAAAGGCGUGGAGACUCGGAGACGGACGUUUGUACCCUUUUUUAAGUUAUUGACGCCCAGCGCGCCUCGCCUCUUCACCAAUCAAUGCUGUGCUUUGCCCACUGGACUCCUGAAGAGGGGGUGGGGGGCUCCCUCGGUCGCCCACCCUGGGAAGUGCCUAACCUUUUAUUUUAUUUUAUUUUUUUGAGGAAAAAGAACACCUGACUCACAGGUUGAAGAAACACCCUGGGCCCUCUCUCAUGGCCGGGUUCCCCGUGCCUCUGCAGAGGCUGGGAAGGGUCCCCGGGCUGGAGCCACGGGGGGUCCUCUGGGCUGUGCCUCCGGGGCCAACCCUGGCUGCUUGGGGCUGCCCGGGGACUCCAGAGGGCUGCACGGCCACCCUGCCCUGGCUGGAGCGCACCCCACCGGAGCCCACGUGGGCUGGGCGGCUGGAGGGAUGGUCCCCCGGUGACGCUGGGAGAAAGGCCACUUGGAUGGGGGCGUUUCUGUUUUGUUCCGCUUUGUGAUGUCACCAAUUUGGAAACAGUGAGGGUGGGUGGGGACUUUUACAGAAUAUUCUCAGGUGUGUACCAGAGAGGCAGAGAGAGGGACGUGGCCGGCAGCUCUGUGCGUGGCCUUGUCCCAAGCACUUGUGCCCGCCCCCGAGCGCCGCCCCCGGGGAGCGGGAAGCCGGCACUCGCACUUUGGCCAGGGGCGCGUGGAAGGUGGCGGCAGGCACCGGCCUGGGCAGCUUCCAGGCCUGGCUGGCCACGGCCACGGCCCGAGGGGGAGCCCUCCAGGCCACGCCGCACUGAGCCACAGCCCCGGGGGCCGCCUCCCGGGGCCCCUUGAGGCACUGAGGCACCGAGACUGGUUCUCCCCGAGAGACUCGGAAGCUGUCCCAGGGAUGGAUCGCCUGUGCUGCCUUCGCCCGCCGCCACACCGGGACCCUGCACGGCUGCUUCUGGCCUCGACAGAUGACAAAAGAAACAGCCCCAAAAUACGACCACUCCGACCAGCAGUUCCCGCCUGCCUGCCCGCCACUGUCAGGACUGCCCUGGCCUCCUAGUCCGCAGGGCUGUCUGCUGGCUUCCGGGGGCAGAAGAGCGGGGAGCCCCGUGGAGGGGUCAGGGGAGACCAGGUCAGGGCAGCUACAUUUCUGGUGAUCAGCCCCAUGGGGAGACGGGGCUGGCGGGACCCCCCCGCCCCGGCUUCCCCACACCACUUCUGUCUCACCCGGAAGCGUCCUUUUUUUGUGCCAGGUGUCUACCUAAGAGGGUUGGUGCCAGAAGCCCCCCAUGGCGAGUGCUGGGGCCCGGCGGUGCCCUGGGGGAGCAGAUGGGGCCACCCCUGGCAGGGCCGCUACAACCUUUUCCAGCAGCGGAGCCCUCUGGGGGGCCAGUGCUUGUGGCAUCUCUGAGGGCCCAGAUUGCACAAGGUGACCUGGCCGUGGCCUGAGGGUGGAGUUGCCUAGCACGCAGGCCGGGGCGCUGCGGGGCUAAGUAUUAGGCCUUCCCAGGGAGGGGGUGUGCCAAGCAUCCCAGAGCCGGGCUGGGGCCGCCAAAACGUCUUGGCCUGGAUCCUCUGGGUCUGAGUGCCUGAUCCCCUGCCCCCCAAAAAAGCGGAGGUAGGUGUUGCAGGCCCAGGGCAGGGGUGCCUGCCCCAGGAGAGUCCCAGGCAGUGGUUCUCGUGCCAGUGGCACCCAGGGGCAAGGACAGCCAACCCCCACCCUUGCCACGUGUGGGACCACAUGUGGGCAUGUGGGGUGUGUGUUUUUACCUUGGUGAAUCUCACCUGCCAACGCUUUCUCGUGAGUGCCGACCACCUUCUCCGACCAUGUCACGCCCAGGCGGCAGCGGCCCCCGGCCACUGCAAACCCAUGCCCUGGGUCCCCCGGCUCCCCCAGGGGGGCAUCCCCGUGCCAAUGUCCCCCAGUGGUGGCAGCAGAUCCUGUGGCCGGCCUGGUGGACGGGACCCGGUGAUACUUGUAUAUUACACAGUCCUGAUUUCAGACAAUUUCAACCUUAAUCUAUUUAAAAAAGAAUAUUCUAUACAAGCUCUUUUUAAGCCUUUUACCAUUUGAAAUGCAUGUGCUGUGCGCGUUGGGGAUGGGAGGAGGGGCUGAGGAGCGGCUCAGUGUCACCUCCCACAGCCACCGGCCCUGACCCUUAAUCCAGACACCGAUGGAAGUCGACUUUUCGUAUCUUUCUCCUGAAAUGAACUCUGUUUUAAAUUGGAAUAAAUUUUGUUCCUAAAUGCAAAAAAAAAAAAAAAAAGAAAGAAA